AUGAAACUGCAGUUGCAAAGGCUGAAUUUGAAUAGAGAGAUGACACGCUUUAGCGACAGUGGCGAGCAAAGUGAGGACAGUGCUGAGUUUCCCUCCAAAAAACAGAAGAAAAGAGGAAAACAUGUGUCAUUCCCUCCUGAUGAGCAGAUAGUUUCAGGCUUUGCGGAGCACAGGAACUCUGACAGAACAGCCGAACGCUGCGUCACCCUGACAGACAUAAUUGCUGCAUACGAGCAGAGCUGCAGUAAACAUCAGCUCCAACCCAAAGACAGCGUCCUGCAGCAGCUCCAGCAGGGUGUGUGUGGAGGUGGCACUGUCGAACGUCUGGAUCUCAAAGGUGAGCGAUUAGACCACAGCUCCUGUGAAGCUCUGGAAGUUGUCCUGAAAUCGCUGCACUUUGAUUUCAUCAGUCUGCAGGCAGCCCAACUGGAAGAAAAUGGAGCGUCAUCCUUGCUGGAUAUGAUUUUGUACUACGAAUCUACAACCCAUCUUGACGUUUCUGACAACAGCAGUAUGGGAACAUCGGCUUGGAGGGCCCUCGCUCAUUUGAUAAAGCAGAGUGUGCGUCUCUCCAGGCUGGAUGUGUGUAACGUGCCCCUGAGUAACUAUCCGGUUCAGUCUUUAGCCAAAGCUCUGCUGACCAGCCGGCUCACCGUUCUACACCUCCACAAUGCCCAGCUGAGCGGCAUGCCACUGUUCACACUGGUUGGUGCCCUGAAGACAAACAGAGCUUUACAGGAGCUCCAUUUAACCAACAACCUGCUGAACAGCUUCCAGGAUGCCCUGCAGCUGGGGGACCUGCUGAAAUACAACACCUCUCUGCAGACUCUGGAGCUCAGCAACAACGCUGUAGCAGAUGAUGGGUUGGAGGAGCUGUGUGGAGGUCUGUUGAAACAGACAGAAGGUCUGAAGGUCUUACUGCUGCGAAACAACCAAAUCACGGAGAGAGGCAUGAAACACCUGGCCAAAGUUCUGCCGGGUCUGAAGGUCCUGCAGGUCCUAGAUUUGGGGGAGAACCUCCUUAAUAACGAGGGGAUCCAGGCGAUCAGAGAGCCUCUGAUGAUGAACGGCUCAGUUCUGCAGCUUGGCCUCACUCAAACCAACAUCACCUGUGAAGGUGCCGUGGCGCUGGCUGAGGUCCUUGCAGAGAAUCGUUACAUUCAGAGACUGGACCUCCGUCAGAACCAGGUGAAGCUGGGAGGCCUGAUGGCCCUCAGUCUGGUCCUGAGGAUCAACCACUCUCUGGCCCAUCUGGAUGUGGACCCGGUGCCUCCACAGGAGCAGGACGAGCUUCUGACGGAGACGCACACGCGGCUGCAGGUGCAGAUCGCCCAAUGCUGCAGCGCCAACGCCAGCCGCCUCCAAACAGAAAACUCUGGGAGCUCAAUCGGACCCAACAGAACCCUAACCUUGCCCUGA